UUAUUGUAGUACCCUUACGUUAAUCACAGAGUUCACCGCAUCAGCCGGGUGACAAGCGAAACAAAACCACACCAGCCAGCCAGGCCAGACGCCAUACCCAAAGCAAAAGCGCAAAAGCUACCGCCAGCCAGCCAACCAACAAACCAAACACUUGAAGAUGUUUAGAAGCGCGACUUUAUUAAUUCACUAAACGUAUUGCUGCGCUGCGGUACGGACGUAAAGUUUAAACGGUCUCUCUUCUUUAAAUCGAAGACGGGAAAACUACUUUUCGCUACAGAAAAAACAAAAAUUAAUUAAAUUUAAAAAAUAUUUAUAUAAAGAAACAACAAAAUCCAAUUUCUUGCCAAACUCUGUGGGUGUUGCAACACGUUUUCAAAAAUGUUUAUUCAUACAAUAUAAAUAAUAAAUUGUCAAUCAAAUAGCAAAAAAGCAAAAUUCCAUGUGUGCCAAAAUUUACAAAAAUAAUAAUUAAAAAAAUAAAUAUCUCAAAAAAUUAUCAAAAGUUAAAUAAAUAUCACGAAAUCUUACGAAAACCAACAAACAUAGCUGGUAAAGUGCAUUUGAAAACAAACACACACACACAAAAGGAAAAAUAACCAGCAGACAAUGUCUACGCCCUCACAACAUCACCACUUUUCAACGAAAGCCCUUUUGCGCAGGCGCAACAACAUCAGCAGCUACUGGCUACUGUUCACGUUGGUGCUAAUAGCUGCAACCAUUUGGAAUAACAAUGUUGUUUAUGGAGCACCAGCAAAACUUGACUCACUUGUAACAGCAUUUCCCGUAGAUUUACAGCCGCCCAUCAAUGAGGCAACAGUGGUGAGCGCCGAUGAUAAGAAAGCUCUCGAUAGCUAUGGCAAUCCGAUUGAAUCAUUGAAGCCCAUUGAGACACCAGACGGCCGCAAAGUGAUAAGUGCCCAAGGUCUGCAAUUCGAAAUACCCAAUUACGCUUCGGGCAUAACAGAAUUAAAGAAGCCUUUCGAUGAUUUACUGCCACCAUUUGUUGAUCCCAUUGCCGUUGCCGUUCCCAAUGAUAGUUCGGAAUCGUUGACAACUGUAGAAGGACCCUCCGCCGCCUCCUCUUCGUCGAACACCGCCACAGAGGUGGACGUGGAGAAUGUUCAGUUGGUGCAAAUACCCACGGAAAGCUCCACAAAUUCCAUUAAAGGCUUGCCCCAAUACAUAGUCGACUUGAAUGAUCCAGAUAUUGGUGGUCCCGUCGAGUACAUGCCUGCCGAUGACAGGCGUUUGAGUGUUAUUGCCUGGGAUCUGCUGCCUCCUCUUGAUGUCGAUCCGGCCGACACGAAUAAUGAGGCGAACAAACGAAAAUCCUUCGUGGCACUUUCAGCUAGUCAGCAGCAUGUGGGCUCGGCCUCUGAGCAUCACCACUUCCAAACUAGUCAAAAUGCAUUUGGACACAGUCAUCAUCAAACAGAGAGCGAGGGAAGUACGACUCCCAGAACGACUACGGUCAAGACUACAACAACACCGCGUACCACAACGACGACGACCCAGCGUACCACCACAACGCCACGUACCACUACGACCACUACUCAGCGCACCACCACGACUCCACGUACAACUACAACCAGGAGAACCACUACUACUACCAUAAGAACCACCACUACACCAAAACCUGAUCCCUCGACAUUCUUUAAAUUGGAAGGAGGUGAUUCAUAUACCCUGCCUUCCUGGUUGGCUGAUAUCGAUGACCCAGAUCUAGAUGUGGCAGUCACCUAUGUGAUACCCGAGGAUAUCAAUCAAUACAAUCAUUCAAUAGCAACUGACAUUCUACCCCCCCUGGAGCCAUACACAGACCUUAAUGUUUUAAAUUUGACUCCUCCUACAGCCAAUAAACCCAGUACGACGUCUACAACAACAACGACAACAACCACUGCUAGACCUACUACCACCACCACCACGACAACAAGAAGACCUACUACCACAAGAUAUACUACAGCAAGAACAACAACAUUGCGACCAACUUCCCAGGCCCACUGGGUUAGGGCAAGGCCUACAACUGCAACAUCUACUGCCCGACCCAUUUCCAGUUCAUUCAAUAAUCAAAUCACCUCCUCCUUCUCAAGUCAGACAUUUAAUUCACCAUCCACCUCCACCACCUACAGCACUACAACAUCUCCGGGAAAUUAUAAUGCACAACGCACUCGUACCACUCCCACCACUCCCACCACUAGCACAACGACGACAACGACAACAACAACAACUCAAAAGCCAAAAACCACUUUAAAUCCCUAUAAUCGUCCUUCUACUUCCUCCGUCUCCAAUACAGACAAAAUCAGCAGCGAAGAGGUUACAGCAGCUGACAUACAGAAAUCGUCAAAUCCUUUCCUAGGGUCCCAUAAUCCGCAACCAUUCUCUAAGCCAGGUACCACAACCAGGAAAACUACAACUACCACAACGACCACCACAACAACUCCUUCACCCAAAGAAGUGAAUCCAUUUGAGCCCACCAUUCCACCAUGGUUGGCCCAGUUUGAUUAUGCCGAUGUGGGCCCCGGCGUUCCCUUUGUCUAUAAUCCCGAUGAAGAUGAAUUACCGGUGGAGGAUGACAUUCAACCUCCCUCAAAGAUCAAUGGCGAUGCUGCGGAUGCCACCAAAACCUCAGCAGCCACCUCGUCGUCCACCUCAAACUCCCCUUCUCACUCCCAGAAUUCUGAUCAAACAAGUUUCUCAAAUAAAUUCUCUUCUACUGCUACUUCUCUAACUUCUGCUUCUUCUAUCCCAUCCAAAGUAACAAUUCCACUACCAUCCAUUGAAAUUAGUCAGGACGAUAACACGUUGACGCAACCGCAAAAUGUGUUCGCAUCACCACCGACUGCUUCAGCGGAGGCCAUUGACGUUAGUAAAAAGACCUCAUCAACUUUUAACGCCCAUUUUCCAGCACGUUUUGAGCCCUCAUCCGAGGCAGUGGAAAAUACCAACAAAAUUCCAUUGGCAGCAGAUCGUGAAUCAUUCCCUCCAUUCAACACGGCCACAAGCAGCAGCAGCAGCAGCGGCAGCAACACUGGAUCAGCUGGAUCACUACCCACAAAGACGACUUUCAGCAAAAGUGAAGAUGGCAAAGUUAUAACGAAUAAUAUUUUCCUAAGUGCCGGAGGUUCGACAACCCAGAGUUCAAUAACAAAACCAUUUGGAACAACGUCCUUUGGAAAUUCGGCGGCAAAAGAUGGCUUUACUGGCAUUGGUAGUACCACAACAAGUUUCACCAAAGCCGGAAAUAGUUUCAAUCAAUUCACUACCUCCUCAGCGGCCUCUGGUUUUGUGACAGCCUCAACAGCAGCCAACAGUAGUGGAACUAAAUAUACCGGCAACUUUGGAGGACCCCCCGGUGUAUUGGCGCCAAAUGGUGUGCCCAAACCUUCGGGCUUUGUUGCAGCCUCUUCAUCCACAUCCACCAAGAGUUACAAUACAUCGCCCACCAGUCGACCAGGGUCUGGCAGUACCGCUGCCUUUGGCAACACCAAAUUUACAGGCAGCUUUGGAGGACCACCGGGUGUCUUAAGGCCAUAUGACAAUGUCAAAACUGUUUGAAAAUAGAAAGACAAGCAUCAUUUACACACAAUCCCCUCCCUGCUCCACUCACUUCCUAGUUUAAGUAAAUUAUUUAUAUAAAAAACAAAAAUCGAAAUUUAAAAUGCUGUUACUUUGAAAACGAUUUAUAAUUUCUUGGAAAAAAAAAACAAAAUCAUUGCUCAAAAAUACUCUGAACAAAAUAUUCGAAAUAAUUAAUAAUUUAUUUUCAUUUCCUGCAAUGCCGUGCAUACUCGCUGUUCUUCGGCUGCUACCAAUUAUGCAAAUGUGUGUCCUUCCCUGCUCAAGGAACAAGAAGGGAAUAGUAAUAAAAUGGAAACACAUACACCCACAUCAAUGUUACACUACACACACACCAACACUCACACACAUUCAAAUCAUUUAUUAUUGUAUAGAUUGUAUGUAAAUGUUAAUGGCUUUAUUUUUUUUUUUUUUUGGUAUAUUAUUAAAUAAAUUGAUAGUGAACGAAAAGAAACACACACAUA